CCCCCCAAAAAAAACAAUUGGAGCUCCGCGUGGAUCGUACCGCGAUGUCCCGCGAGGGAAACUUAAAGGAAUGCUACGGAACCAAGGAGCCAGCCGGGUGAGGGACACGAGAUCAGCUUCUCGCCGGGGACCUGCUGUGUUGCUGAAUGGCUGAAGAUCUCCCAGGCACCUCGCGUGCCCUGUGAAGGCCCCCCCCCCCCCCCCACAUAGUGCUGGACGGGGUCCCCCCAGCGGCGCGGGCGCCAUGUACCAGGAGGUGGCCUUCCUGGCCGGCAGCAGCGAGCACCAGUUCACCCCCUUCCACUUCAAGCCCGUGGAGAACCCGCAGGAGGUCCAGAGCAAGAAGGGCCUGUUCUACAAGCGGGCGCAGCUGCUGCCUCCUCAGCGCCGCCAGCACGGCGACGGGGCGGCCCUCGGCCCCGUCGCCGCCGCCGCCGACGCGGCCAUCAUCAACGUGGGCGGGAUCAAGUACCGCAUCCCCUGGUCCACGCUGGAGGAGUUCCCGCUGACCCGGCUGGGCAGGCUGCGCGGCUGCAGCAGCGAGGCCGAGAUCAUGGACCUGUGCGACGACUACGACGGCAGCCGCAACGAGUUCUUCUUCGACCGCAGCCCGUCGGCCUUCCGCACCAUCGUGUCCUUCCUGGCGGCGGGGAAGCUGCGGCUUCUGCGGGAGAUGUGCGCCCUCUCCUUCCAGGAGGAGCUGCUCUACUGGGGGGUGGAGGAGAACAGCCUGGACUGGUGCUGCCUCCGGAAGCUGCGGCUGCGCCAGGAGGAGUACAAGGAGCUGCAGAGGCUGGAGGAGGAGGAGGCCGAGCUGACCUCGCCGCAGUCCUGCGAGGAGAGCCCGCAGCCUCCCGGCGCGGGGGCGGGGCCGGAGGAGGCCCACGCGGGCGGCGGCGGCUGCAUGCGGCGGCUGCGGGACAUGGUGGAGAACCCCCACUCGGGCCUGCCGGGGAAGAUCUUCGCCUGCCUGUCGGUGGUGUUUGUGGCCAUCACCGCGGUGACGCUGUGCGUGAGCACCAUGCCGGACCUCCGAGAGGAGGAGGAGCGGGGCGAGUGCUCCCAGAGGUGCUACAACAUCUUCGUCCUGGAGACGGUGUGCGUGGCCUGGUUCUCCCUGGAGUUCACGCUGCGCUUCAUCCAGACGCCGAGCAAGUGCGCCUUCCUGCGCACGCCGCUCAACGUCAUCGACGUGGUGGCCAUCCUGCCCUACUACGUCACCCUGGUCGUGGACUCCCUGUCCGUCGGGGGGAAGCCGGCGGGCUCCGGGAACAACUACCUGGAGAAGGUGGGGCUGGUCCUGCGGGUCCUGCGGGCUCUGCGGAUCUUCUACGUGAUGCGGCUGGCGCGCCACUCGCUGGGCCUGCAGACGCUGGGCCUGACGGUGCGGAGGUGCACGCGCGAGUUCGGCCUGCUGCUGCUCUUCCUCUGCGUCGCCAUGGCUCUCUUCUCGCCGCUGGUGUUCCUGGCGGAGAGCGAGCUGGGCGCCAAGCAGGAGUUCACCAGCAUCCCCGGCAGCUACUGGUGGGCCGUGAUCUCCAUGACGACGGUGGGCUACGGCGACAUGGUGCCGCGGAGCAUCCCCGGCCAGGUGGUGGCGCUCAGCAGCAUCCUGAGCGGCAUCCUCCUCAUGGCCUUCCCGGUCACCUCCAUCUUCCACACCUUCUCCCGCUCCUACCUGGAGCUGAAGGAGGAGCAGGUCCGCGCGCUGAGGCAGAAGCCCGACUCGCAGGACAGCACCAAGUCCCAGAACAGCGAGGACUCCCAGGAGACGGACAGCUACCGCGGCGCCGCCGAGGCCGCGGCCUCCUCCAUGCGGCGGAGGAGGUCCCUGGCCGCUCGCAGGGCGGCGGAGGUCACGGCGUGACCCUCGAGGACUCGUGACCCUCAGGCUCCUCGCGUGGCUGCGUUCGGGAGGAUUGACCUGAAACGAGUGGCGCCUUUUGUUUGUCGGGUAGAGUUCAUUAAUCUCCCAUAUUGCAUCUCGCCAAAAACCCGAGCACACGCACACGCACACGUGCAUUUAUUCGCAUUGAAGCAUUGUGCUCAUUAAUCCGCAGCACAACCAUUUAUUUGUCAAAGGGCUUUGCACGCACACUGGUGUCCGCAUCAAACUUCCAGGCAGAAGAACCGUUUCAUCGAGGCUCAGCUGCUGUGUUUGUCUCAUGCGUCCAAAAGGGAACCUCCGAUUGAAGCUUGUGUUGCAUCAUCAUCAAAUCUCAUUUGAUUCUUGCUAUGUUCUGUACAAAUGAAGAAAGCCACAAUUGGGGGGGGGGGG